AUGAACAUUAUCGAUUUGGCAGCUCACCCUGUACCACCACCACCAGAUCCAGAAAUUGUUCUUGGUGUUGAUGUGAGUAAGCUCAUCUUCGAGUUCGAUGAACACACUCGAUUCGUUCGACAAGUUUUCCGUCUUGCUGGCUAUGCAUCUAAUCCGAAUGCAGUGUUGUCGAACCAACAAAUGGUAACAGAACUUAAAGAUGCUUUGAAAAAAAGAGAUAAACGUUUAGAUGUUGACGAAGAAGCAUUGUAA